GUUAAACUUGAUCAUUGAUUGAAUUUGAUAUUUGUCACACGAGUUAUCUGCUUCUGUUAACAAAGCACAGACCCCCCCCCUCCCUGGACACACCACGACCCUCAGACGGCCAUGGAGCAGCCACAAGUAGCGGCCGCCAGCAACGAGCUCGGCUUGACCGUCCUCAAACAUCUCUACAACAAAUCUAAAGACGGCCACCUCGUCUUCUCACCUGUUGCCCUGGCCGCAACACUGACCAUGACCUUGGCGGGGUCAAGGACCUCCACGGCCUCUUUGAUAGCUAAAACAAUGCACGUACCGGCGUCCGGUGGGGACAAAGUUCACGAGCAGUUUCGAGAGUAUUUGACCUCGCUACAAAGCUCGUGCGACAGGGAUGAGUUUUGUCUGGGUGCCAGAGUUUACGUGGACAACAAGUGGCCGGUGCUAGAGGAGUUCAAGUCUCAGCUCCAGAACUGGUAUAUGGAAGCCCCGAGAAAUAUGGAUUUAAAACACGAAGCCGGCAGGUCGGAGAUCAACAACUGGGUAGCGGAGCUGACAAAAGGCCAGGUAGUUGAUCUUCUGGGACCAGGUGCUAUGGAGGGGGACAUCCGGUUAGUCAGCGGCACCUAUGUUAAAGGCAAAUGGGACCAACAGUUCCCCCCACAAGGCACCCAGCCCCUGCCCUUCAUCGUUGCCCCGGGCCAGUCCGAGAGCGUGCAGACGAUGUGCAACACGGGACGGUACCCUUACAUCAAGGACAAUGAGCUGAGGUUUGCUGCCAUUGAGGUGCCCUACAAGGGGAAGGAACUCGGUAUGAUCAUUUUCCUUCCCGACGAGGUUUUCGGUCUUGAGGUUCUGAUGAAAAAUCUGACGCAUGCGCAUGUUGAAAAAAUAAUAGCAGAUCUAUAUAUGGCGGAUUGUACUAUCAACCUAAUUCUGCCCAAGUUUGAGCUCAAAUCAUCCCUGCAGCUAAAUGCCGUCAUGGACGACCUUGGCCUUUCUGACCUCUACAACCCGCAGACAGUUGACCUGAGCGGGAUGUCCAGCAGAGGGUUGUGUCUGGCCGGGGUUGACCACGCCUCUGUCAUCAAGCUGGACGAGGAGGGCUCCCCUCCUGUCGUCACCCCAGCCAACCAGAGCCGGACAAAAACCGGAAAAUCCGUGAAAUCCGUGAAAGCCGGAAGCAGCAAUAUAUUAAAAGUCCGGGUUGACCACCCGUUCAUGUUUGUUGUGGUUGACAGACGAGUCAAGAGUUAUCUGUCCAUGGGGUUUUUAACCAACCCGACCUUGUAGCUAAAGUUCUUGGGGUCAAGGUCAGGGGUCAUCAGGCGACCCCCACCCCCUCCCACUUAUAAAACUUAAACUACCACUAGUACCAGCUGGUAAAUUUUAAAAUGUAAUAUUUAAUUUAAAAAGUAGGGACCAUCAUACACAAUUAUUGCUAUAGAGUGGGAUAGAGUGACUUCCACUUGUGAAAAAUUGUGACAGAAUGACUGCCCCUUGUGAAAAAAAAUUGUGACAGAAUGACUGCCCCUUGUGAAAAAAAUUGUGACAGAAUGACUGCCCCUUGAGAAAAAAAAAUGUGACAGAGUGACUUGUAAGAACUUUGGACUUUGGUACUACGAUGAGGUACCACCGCUGGUUUAACAUCAACUACAACUUAACCAACUGUUGAAGACUAAAAUAAAAACUAAGACUGCUGCUUAGUAAAACUUAGGUCUGGCAUCUACACCAGUUGAGUUGUAGCAACACCAACAUGUUUAAUUAAUGCUAAGAACGACUCCACUGCCGUAUAUAUUGCAAUAAAUGUACUUCGUUUUUGUAUGUCAGCACAUUUAUACAUGUACAUCAUUGUUGUAUGUCAGCACAUUUAUAAAUGUACAUCAUUGUUGUAUGUCAGCACACUUAUUCCUAAGUUGUUCUGGAUGAACGUACUUUCAUAAAUGUCAAUCUGUUAAUUAUAUUAUAUCAUUAUUACUACACUUAUUAUAAUUUGCCCGUUGUCGCCAACAAUUUUAUUCAACAAAUUAAUGUAUGUUUACAUUAUAUAAAAUGUCAACAAAUGUUGGUUUACAUUAUAUCAAGUGUCAAAU